GUCAUUGCAACUUCCAGAGAACUAGCACGAUGCCCUAAAGCCAGGGGAUUCCUGGGACGAGCCGAAAAGAGUUUUAAAGAAUAGCUUUCCUCUGUUGCACACGAUUCAUGAAAACACAAACCCGUGUGUGAACGUGGAGACUGCUGUCUUCCAUGAGAGCUUCAAAGCCUCCGAUUCUGUAUGAUUAUUUUCAGCAUUUAAUCAGAUUUGGGGGGCGAACAAACACACUUUGGGAGUCCAACCGCGAAGGGCGGCUGCCUGAGGGCAGUGGAUUGGACGCUCCACCAAUCACAGAGCAGCCCCGGCUUAUAUAAGCCCCUGGCCGGAGUCACGCAGCAUCGCCAGACUUGCGCCUUGGAUUUUCAGUCUCUCUCUUCGUAGCAGUUUCUGCUCCCGGCCAUGUCGGAAACCGCUCCCGCUGAGACGGCGGCCCCGGCGCCGGUGGAGAAGUCGCCUGCCAAAAAGAAGGCCACCAAGAAGGCGGCGGGCGGUGGCGCUGCGAAGCGCAAGGCGUCCGGCCCCCCGGUGUCCGAGCUCAUCACCAAGGCCGUCGCCGCGUCCAAGGAGCGCAACGGUCUCUCCCUGGCGGCGCUCAAGAAGGCACUGGCGGCCGCCGGCUACGACGUGGAGAAGAACAACAGCCGCAUCAAGCUGGGCCUCAAGAGCCUGGUGAGCAAGGGCACCUUGGUGCAAACCAAGGGCACCGGCGCCUCGGGCUCCUUCAAGCUCAACAAGAAGGCGGCCUCCGGCGAGGCCAAGCCUAAGGCCAAGAAGGCGGGCGCGGCCAAGCCGAAGAAGGCGGCCGGGAGUACCCCUAAGAAGCCCAAGAAGGCUGCGGGGGCGAAGAAGGCCGUGAAGAAGACGCCCAAGAAAGCCAAGAAGCCUGCAGCCGCUGGUGUCAAGAAGGUGGCCAAGAGCCCCAAGAAAGCCAAGGCGGCUGCAAAGCCCAAGAAAGCGGCCAAGAGCCCCGCUAAACCCAAGGCGGUGAAGCCGAAAGCAGCCAAACCCAAAGCCGCUAAGCCCAAGGCAGCGAAGCCUAAGGCUGCCAAGGCGAAGAAAGCGGCCCCGAAAAAGAAGUAGGAAGUUGGCCUUAAAAAAAAAAGGCAACGAAACCCCAAAGGCUCUUUUCAGAGCCACCCAAAUUUAUCUGAAAACAGCUGUACGCAGUCGUGGUUGUUCAAAGGCAAUCUCAAAGUGCCAUACAUACCAAGUCCCUGGGACCUGUAAGGAGAACUAACUAGACAGCUAUUUGAAAAAG